AUGGAAGAUUGCUCGAAUAUCUCCGAUACCGAAGGUUAACCAGCCCAAGACUGAGCAAGACUACCGGCCUAUCUCAAUCCUUCCUGCUUUAUCGAAGGUAUUUGAUCUUGUAUCUCGUCAAGUUAAUGCAUAUAUUAAAGACUUGGCAUUGUUCAAUAGAAUAUAGUAUCGCAGGUUUCAGGAAAGGUCACUCAACUGCGACGACUCUGCUGGGUAUCAGAGACGAUAUCAUGCGUGACCUUGAUUGUCCUUGCAGAUUAUUCCAAAGCAUUUGACACUGUCAAUUUUAAAUCUGUCAUCCACAAGAUGCAUUCCAUGGGGUUUUCUCAGAACUUUCUUCGUUGGAUUCUGUCAUAUCUCAUGGGUCGUCGGCAGUUUGUUCAGAUUAAUGAUACGUCUUCAGGUCAACUGGAAAUAAAAUUUGGUGUUCCUCAGGAUCAAUCCUGGGACCUCUCAUUUAAGUCAUUUUCAACAUUUAUGUAUCGGAUCUACAAGGAAAGGUUCAGUGCCGUUGUUACCAAUAUCCUUCUUCCACACUCCUUCAACCUUCCAAACCACAGGAACUUGACAAGUGUGCGGAGGAAAUGA